AUGCUAAGAACUUUAAACAGUAACAUAAUAGAUUGGAUGUUACCUACCGGUGAUAUUAAAGCGGCUUUCAAUGAUAUACCAACUGGACAUACUCCAACUAAUACAACUGAUGAUAAUUAUAAAGAUUUUUCUAAAUGGGAAAAUUUAAAUACUCCAACACCACUUGACAAAGAAUCUGAUAAUUAUUUUAUCUAUCCACCAAAUUCAGCAAUAAAAGUUGAACCAAUUGAACAAGAAGAAGAAGUAGAAAAGAAUCUUCAAAGCCGUAAUAAUAAUUCACAAUUAUUUGAAACACAAUAUUUAAAACCAUUUACUAAUUAUAGAAAUGAUCAAACGCUUUACAAUCGAUCACAAAUUCCAUCAUCUCCUAUAAUUUAUUUAGAUUUAGAAUCAUAUCAAAAUACAUCGAAUAUUGAAGAAUUAAAACCAGAAACUAUAACAUCAUCAUCAAUGUUAUCUCAAAUGAAUCAUUCAAUGAAUAAUAAUUACAAUUCCGAUGUAAUGUUGUUUAAUCAUCAUUGGUCAACAGAUUCUCUGUUACAUUCAACAAAAUGUUGUUCUAAUUACACUGACUCAUACCAUAAUACAUAUACCAGUAUAUCACAGACUCAAACAUCAUGGACUACAUAUCAUACACAUGAUAUGACUAUCAUUCCAACUACUGAUCAUAAUAAUACUACUAAUAAUAGUAAUAGUGGGAUGAUUAUCAAUCAACAGGUAAAUUAUAUAACUCCUGAAACAACAAUUCCUACUUGUUCUACUACAUUUACUAUAUCAAAUAAUAACAAUAAUAACAAUCAUAGAACAACACUAGAUCAUCAUAAAUAUGAUUUUAACCCAUCUAACAAUGAAUAUUGUUUUGAAACGACUAUACAAACAAAUUAUCAUUAUAAUAAACAGAAUCAAAAAUUAUCAACAACAACAACAACCACAGAUCAACAAAAACCAUUUGUAUGUAAUAUACAAAAUUGUAAUAAACGUUUUGUACGUAUUGAUGAGCUGAAACGUCAUCAACGUACACAUAGUGGAAUUAAACAAUUUAUAUGUGAUAUAUGUAAAAAAGGAUUUACACGAAGUGAUCAUUUAAUGACACAUCGUCGUACACAUACAGGUGAACGACCAUAUGAAUGUAAACUAUGUGAUAGACGAUUUGCACGUUCUGAUGAACGUAAUCGUCAUACAAAAACACAUAUGCAUGAUAAACCAAGAAGAGGACGUAAACCGAAAAAUGAAUCAAGCGGUAGUUUAACAAUGAAAACAACAACAUCCUUAACACCACCUACAACAAUAACACUAUCAUCAUCAUCAUCAUUAACAUCAUCCUUAAAAGAAGGAAUAAUGGUAGUAUCAACUAAUUUUCCUACAUAUAAUGUACAUCCAAGUUAUUCUAUGCCAUUGGAUCAUCAUUUAUCAUUUACACAUAGAAAUAAUAAUGAUAAACUUAUUUAAUUGUAUAAAAGAAACAUAGAUAGAUUCAUGAUAUUCACAUUGUGCUUCUCACUCUCCCAGCUCCCUUUCAUUUUGUGUACAGUUAGUAAGUAUCCUUCUAUCCUCUCUCUGUUUCUCACCUAUAUAUAUAUAUAUAUAUAUAUA